CAUCGAUCAUCCAAACCAUCUUUGUGCUUAUUUUAUUUUAAUUCCAUUCCAUAUUAAGAACAUAAUAUAAAGAGAGUGGAUGGUAUUUGUGAAAUGUUCAAAUGAGUCGGGUUAAUGUUAAUAUAUAAAACACAAGUUGUGCUUGUAUACCUUUAUUAAGUGGAAGAUUAGCCACCAAAUAAUGCACAAUACAGCAUGGUCUAUCUAUAUUGCCCAUACCACUAUCUCUUCUACAGCUUAAAAUAGAACCCACUAAAAACUAGGCAUGAUAUUUGUCCCUGCACUAGUAGGGAAUAAGAACCACACAUUAAAGAGAAAAAUAACAAAAUGGAAGGCAAAACAAGGUGGAACUGAAAAGAGCAAAAUGAUCUUUGCAUAGAUACAUACUAACUAACAUAGUAGACUAUGUUCAGUUCAUACCAUCUUUUCAAACUCCACAAUGUCAAUUCAUUAUUUCUUUAGAUGAACAUUAGACAACUAACAUGCCAACUUCCACAAAUCACCUAAUAUCCAAGAAUACAUAUGGUAUUAACCCUGGUUUUCAGGGGAAGGGGUCUCAGUAAUCUAGAGUUCGGUCGCGAGAUAAGUAAAGUUUGGCCAAGAAUUGUUUCCAUCAGGAAUCGAAUUCAUCCGGUUCUCCAGAACAAUCCAUUCUAAGGGAGCUCAAUAACCACUUGAGUCCAAUGUCUUGAUUAGAAUACAUAUUAUUUUAUCAUAUGAUAAGUUACUUAAGGGAAGUCAAUAAUGCAAGCAUUUAAUUUUUUACCUCCAUAGAGCUAAUUUUUGUAAAUUGUAAAAAGUCUCCUACUAGAUUAUUUAAGCUAAAAAAUGGGACUGAAACUUAAUGUAGAAAUGCAUAUUUGACCUUAGACUAAACCAACUUAACCAAUUCCAACCAAAAUUCAAUAAUAUGAUCUAGUAAAUUCUGUCUAAUCUUAUCCAAUUAAUUGCAAAGAAACUAGAUGGACUAAAUUUGUAGGCUGCAACUUUAUCACAUUCCUGUUAAUGCAAUCACAUGACAGUAUAAGCAAUAUGAUUUGUGGUUGGGUGGGUGGAAUGAAGAGAGGACAAGAAUACAAAAAAUAAUGCUCAUUUGCUCAAUAGUCACUACUAAAAUAUAUUUAUAUAUCAAUAUAUACUUACACAAUUCACAUGUCUUUCUAAGUAAAAAACAACAUUGUUUCAAUAGCUCAACUCUCUCCAAAUAAAACUCAGGAGCAAAAACAAAAACAACAUUGUUUCAUUCUCAUAUUUCUUUCUUUUCUAUGGAUAUGUUAUUGUUAUUACUAGCUCUAUUGGUUGCUUUUCCAAGCUUGACUACAGUCGAGAGCCGUAAAACACGGGUUCUGGACUAUUUUGAGUACUGUGCCGUGAGCUGCAGAGCUUACAGUGCCUCGGUGACAGAAUUUGGAGCCGUCGGUGAUGGACAAACUUCGAACACUCAAGCCUUUCAGAAAGCCAUUGAUCAUCUGAGUCAGUAUUCAUCAAAUGGUGGCUCUCAACUUUAUGUUCCACAAGGAAGAUGGUUGACUGGUAGUUUCAAUCUCACCAGCCAUUUCACUUUAUUCCUACACAAAGAUGCUGUAAUUCUUGGCUCUCAGGAUGAAAGUGAGUGGCCGGUGAUUGAUCCCUUGCCGUCGUAUGGUAGAGGGAGGGACACUCAGGGUGGAAGGUAUAGCAGUCUAAUUUUCGGAACCAACCUCACAGAUGUUAUCAUAACAGGGGACAAUGGUACAUUAGAUGGACAAGGUGAAGUUUGGUGGCAAAAGUUCCAUAAGGGGGAGCUCAGUUAUACUAGGCCUUACCUGAUUGAAAUCAUGUACUCAAAUAAUAUUCAGAUAUCAAAUCUCACUUUGGUUAAUUCUCCAUCCUGGAAUGUUCAUCCUGUUUAUAGCAGCAACAUUAUUGUUCAAGGCAUCACGAUUCUUGCUCCCGUGAAUUCACCAAACACAGACGGGAUCAACCCUGACUCUUGCACAAACACGCGGAUUGAGGACUGUUAUAUAGUGUCCGGAGAUGACUGUGUGGCUGUGAAGAGUGGUUGGGAUGAGUAUGGUAUAGCUUAUGGAAUGCCAACUAAGCAGCUGGUAAUAAGAAGACUCACUUGUAUUUCUCCAAGCAGUGCUGUGAUUGCUUUAGGGAGUGAAAUGUCCGGUGGGAUUGAAGAUGUAAGGGCUGAGGAUAUUUUGGCGAUCAACUCAGAAUCGGGAGUCAGGAUCAAAACUGCUGUUGGAAGAGGAGGAUAUGUCAGGGACAUAUAUGUUAGAAGGAUGACUAUGAAAACCAUGAAAUGGGCAUUUUGGAUGACAGGAGAUUAUGGUUCUCAUGCUGAUAACAACUAUGAUCCUAAUGCAAUUCCUGUGGUUCAGAAUAUUAAUUAUCGCGAUAUGGUUGCUGAAAAUGUGACUAUGGCUGCAAAGUUAGAGGGUAUAUCUAAUGCACCAUUUACUGGAAUCUGCAUAUCCAAUGUAACCAUUGGAUUAGCCAAGAAGGCUAAAAAACUUCCGUGGAAUUGCACCGAUAUUGCUGGGAUUUCAAGUGGCGUGACUCCUGUGCCAUGUGGCCUGUUGCCAGACCAAGGAACAGAGAAUAUUGGGUCAUGCACCUUCCCAGAAUACAAAUUGCCCAUCGAAGAUGUUGAGGUUCGAACAUGUACUUAUAGAAGGAAGAGGCCUGCUAUAUGAACACAGCCCUGCCUACAUAAUUUAGACACCAAAGCACUAAAAUGAGUCUGUCCAUCCUAUACACGUAAACCGAGGCAUGCAAGAAAGUAUUAUAAAAAGCAAAAAAGUGCACCAAAUACGGCUGUGUCGUAUAUUUGUUUGGAAAUUUGUGUUUGAAUAACAUUUUUCUAGAAGGAAUUUGUGACAGUAUAGAAGGGAUGGCUUAGUUCAAGGGAACAAUCCAAACACUGUAAUACUUUCAAAUAUUGUUUGUACUUUGUCUUUGUAUUUAAAUCAUUAGACUAUUGGAGACUUAUAAAAUUUCUCUCCAACAAUGAAACAAGACUAAGUGUUUGUUUGUUUGCACGUUAAGAACACUAUACCGUUCAGUA